AUGUUCAAACCGCGCGUGUUAGCGCCUUUCCGGGCGCUGGAGCGAUCCUUCACUCCAAUCCGGACGACUCAUUCCCUCACCCAGUCGCAAUCCAUCCUGCGAACACUCUCCGCAUCCGCAUUCCCGAAACCACAAACACCCUCCCUCUCCAACACCCUCCUCCCAUUCACACAAGUGCGUCACGCUUCACACGCUUCCCAAGGAACGGCCAACCGACACUCCCGUGAUCCUGCCGGCAAACGUCUCGGAGCGAAGCGCUCAGGCGGUGAAUACGUGGUUCCGGGAUGCAUCAUCUUCCGCCAACGCGGAUCCCUCUGGUUCCCCGGUGAGAACUGCGGUAUGGGCCGUGACCACACCAUCUACGCCACCCAGGCCGGCUACGUCCGCUACUACCUCGACCCGGAGAAGCACUCCAAGCGUCGGUACAUCGGAGUUGUCUUCGAUAAGAACGAGCAGCUCCCACACCCGCGCAACGCACCCAACCGCCGCAAGUUGAACAUGGUCUCUAUUCCCAUGGAGGAGAAGGUCGAGGCCCAGCCCGACUUGAGUGCUACUGUUGAUGAGGACGGAGUUCGUGUUGAGGAUGUCGAGGCCGUCAAGGCCGUCUUCGGUCCUCAAUUGCGUCCUGGAUACAUGUACCGUGAGGCCAAUUGGAAGAUUGGUCGCGCUGCUGAGAUUGCCGGUAUCACUGCCCCUGGAUACGAUCGUCGUGACCGCUGGACUGCGUGGAGAAAGCGUCAGCAGCGUGCUGAGCGGGCUGCCCAGAUGAAGAGUUUGAAGGGCAACAAGAACAAGAAAUAA